AUGGAUCAAUAACAUUCAUAACAUUUCCAAACUUUAGAAUGUGUAGUUUCUGAAAGAUUAACAAGUAGAGGCAGAUCCUAAACCAAAGACACUAUUCAAAUUGUAUCACCUAAACAAAAUAUUGUUUAUGUAAAAAGAUAACCAUAACAUAUCAUUACUACAACUCAAUAACCUAUUAGAACAGAGACUAUUGUCAAACCUAUUAUUUAAUAAGUGUAAAAAGUAUAAGUAGUUGAUCACAGAGAAGAAGUAGAAUUUUAUAAGAGUAAAUGUCUAAUCUAUGAAAAAUAAAUCAAUGAACUCAAUAUUGAAUUAACUAGAUUGAGAUCUAAUACUACAAUCUAAGAAAAAAUUACAUAUGUUGAAGAUUCACAUAAAGUAAUUGAAUUAGAAAGAUAAUUACUUAUCUAUCAAACUGAAAUUAAUAAAAUAACUACUUUAUUGAAAGAAACAAACAUUGAAAUUGAUACUCUCAAAAUAAAAAAUACACAAAUCUCUUCUUAAUUAGUAUAUUAUCAAUAAUAAAGUACUGAUUUUGAUAAAUUAAAGAAAACAUAAAUUGAUAGUGAUCAAUAUUAUUAAAAUGAAAUACAAAGAUUAAAUGUUCUUGUUUAAUAGAGUUAAACAUAAUUAUAAUCCUUAUAAGCCACUUUAAUCGAUUCAAAAAAGUAUGAACAACUUUAUAUCUAACUCUAAUCUACCUAAACUACUUUAACUAAUGAAUUAGAAAGAUGUACUCAAGUAUUAAAAAUCAAACAAGAAGAAUUUGAAACUACUAAAUUAUAAUUGAUAAAAGAUUUAGAGAUAUAAUCAAUAAGAUUAAAAGAUUUCGAUAGAGAAAAUAAAGAUCUCAAGUAAAAAGAAUAUUCACUCUAAUAACAAUUAGAAAGAUUGAAUAAGGAAUAUUAAGAUCUAAGUGAUAGAUACAAUAUUGAUAUCAGAUCCAAAAAUGAAGAAAUUGCUAGAUUAACUUCUGUUACUCAAACUUUACAAUUAACAUUUUAGGAUACUUCAAAAUUCUAAGAAUAUGAACAUAGAUCUAAAUUAUAAAGUGAAGAAAUUUAAUUACUCAAUUAAAAAAUUAGAUCAAAAUAAGAUGAAAUAGAUAAAUGUAAAUUAUAAUUACAUUAAUACAAUCUUUAAUUGUAAGAAUAUUCUAAAUAUGCUGAUUUUGAAACUAGAUAUAGAAGUAUUUAAUAAGAAUAUGAAAGAAUUAAUAAUACUUUAAGAUUAAAGAUUGAAGAAAAUGAUAAUUUAAGAUCAUGCAUUUCCAAAUUAUAAUUAACUAUUAGUGAUAAAUAUAAAUCAAAUGAUUAUGAAAAUAAAAUUGCAUUAUUGAGUUAAGAAAUAGAAAGAUUACAUUAAAGUUUAAAAAGUAGAUAAGAUGAAAAUGACAAACUCAGACAAGAAUUAUACUCAUUAUAAUCAUAAUAUCCAGAUUAUUAAAUAGAAAUUGAUAGACUCAAUGCAUAAAUUUAAUUCAAAAAUGAAGAAUUAGAUAAACUUAAAUCCAAUUAGUUCUCAAAUAAUGAAUCUUAAAGACUUAAAGAAUUAGAAUAGAAAAAUCUAGUCUACUCAAAUGAAAUUGAUAGACUAAGCAAUCUAGUUAGAGUCAAAAUUAAUGAAUCAGAAUAAUAUAAAUAAGAAUUAGUUAAAUUAAGAGAUUAAUCUACUAAAUUUACAUAAAUGUAUAACGAUAAUGAAAAAUUAACAUCUUUAAUCAGAACCUUAUAGGAUGAAUUAGAUUUAUGUAAAAGAAAAUAGAAACUUGAUGAAUCUCAUCUAUAUAAUGAAAAAAUGUAAGUUCUAGUUUAAGAAUUGGAUUCUUGGAAGACAUAAUUUAUAACUUAAAAUAGAGAAUUUCAUAAAAAUUAAGAAUUACUUAUUUUAGCAUAAGCAGAAUUAGAUUCUUUGAAAAAUAAAAGAACUUCAACAUUGAAAGUAAUAAAUCAUAUUAAUAAUUAUUAGAAUGAAUAAUUUACAUCUGAUUUUAAUAAUGAAAAUAAAGUAGAAUUUAAGAAGAAUCAUACUUCUCAAUCUACUUAUAUCUUAGGAAUGUUAAAUACUAAACUAGUUUGA